CGUCACAGGCCACGUCAGCAGACCACGUCAGCAGCAGAGGAUACCAGCAGGCCCCGGACGGUCUAUGCUGUUGCGAUCUCAAACAGCAGUCAUGGACCAGAGGCCAGGAGAAGCGGAUGAGGCCUAUCAGGCCCGCAUGCUGGCCUGGAGUAUCGAGACUAAGAAACGGGCAGAUGACGCUGCAGCAGCAGCGAAGAAGAAGGCAGAAGAUGCCGAGCAGGCACGUCUGCUGGCGGUUGAACAACAGCGGCAUCAUGACGAGGCAGCAGCAAGGGCCGCCAAUGAAGAAAGAGCACAGCGUCGUGAGAAAAUAUUUACCGGAGAGCGGGCGUUACUUACCAUGGCAGCAGAAUGGCGAACCGAGGCCGAGAAUAGCCAGUUGGAGGAUAGCGCAAACAAGAUAGCACUCCUCCUCUCACAUCUCACGGAUCUCCUGGCAGCCUGCAUUACACAGCAGGCAGAGAUCCUUGGUCUCGACAGAUCGCUAGCUCACCUCCAAGACCGUUUUCAGCGGUUGGAGCAGCGACUAGUCGCCGCCGCCGACGCAUGCUCUUCCAAUACUGCCGACCGCCUCAAUGCAUUGGAGAUGCACGUCGGCUCACUCCAGGAUGGCGCACAGUUACAGCUCACCGCGGCGCAACAGUUGCAACAGCGGGUCUGUACCACCGCCACUAUCCCGAGUACGGAGCCGUGCGAGACAACUCCAAAGUUUGACGGGCAGGAAAUCUUCUGCGACUCCAUGAAGAUAGAUCCGAUUCCAUGGUUUCGCAAGUUCGAGCUCACACUGCAGCUGUCCAACGUCAAGGAACACAAGCAUCACGCCUACUUGUACUCUCGCUCAGGGGGAGCGUGCCAAGCUUGGUUGGACAACCUCCUGUCCAAGUACAGAGUAGUAGCGGCCGACUUGCACACCAAGAUCAGUUGGGAUGAUCUGAAGGCGGAGUGGCACAAGCGGUUCCGGGUGGAGCCUCCAGAGAUCAAAGCCAUGGACAAACUCAUGGUCUUCGAGCAAGGCAUGCUGCCGAGUACAGACUGGAUCGCCGAGUACCAACGCUUGACUGGUUCGUCACGGGAUUCGGCGUGCGAGUUCAAUAUAGAGGCAUUGGACCCGCUCACGUCUGAGGACUUUGCAUGGCUUCCUCUCCCGACCACAGGCUGUUUGCCGGGACCGCAAUGCGCAGCACUCAGCGCUAAUCUUCACACUUACUUAUCCUUCUAUGCACCACCAACUUCGCCGACGGAUGACGAAGUCGCGGUGGGGGACAUCCUGGCGUAUACUACCAAGGUGGCCCACGAGUUUCGCACGCAGCGGUACGAUGACAACAACACACCGCUCAUGUAUGUCCGCAUUCAGGUUGGGCAAGCGUCCUGCAGCGCUUUGCUGGAUAGCGGCGCUUCUCGCAACUUCAUGAGCCAGUCUUUUAUGCAAAGAGCUGGCCUUGGCGCACAAGUUCGGAGAAAGGCAAACCCGACGGCGGUCAAGUUGGCGGAUGGAAAGACGCAACAACUUCUCGACCGUUACAUCGAGGCCGUACCGGUCUACUUCGCACCUCAUGCAAGCAAACCGGUGACAUUCGAUAUUCUCGACACGGACUUCGACAUCAUUCUGGGAAUGCCUUGGCUUGCAAGUGCGGAUCACACGGUCAACUUCCAUCGGCGGACUCUUAGCGUUCGCGACGCCUUCGACGCGGAAGUGGCGUGUACUAUUCCUCUACCGCACUCUUCGAUCCGGUGCCAAGUGGUGACGGCCAAAUCAUUCUGGGCGACUUGCGCUUACGAGCAGCCCCAGGAGAUCGGCCUAUGCUUCCUACGGACCGUCGCGGUAGCCGACUCUUCACCCACGGACUUGUCUUCGGACCCCCGUGUGGUACGGUUGCUGGAUGAGUUCGCCGACAUCUUCGAGUCACCUACCGGUGUGGUGCCGGGUCGGCCGAUCUCUCACGAGAUCAUUCUUGAGGCCGGUGUCGUGCCGCCGAAAGGUUGCAUCUAUCGGAUGAGCGAGGUGCUUGAGGUCCUCCGCGCACAACUCGAUGAUUUGUUGGCCAAGGGCUGGAUCCGCCCGAGUAGCUCCCCAUAUGGAGCACCAGUUCUCUUUGUCAGGAAGAAGAAGAAGGAUCUACGAUUGUGUAUCGACUACCGCAAGCUCAACGCGCAAACCGUCAAGAAUGCGGGGCCUCUUCCUCGCAUCGACGAUCUUCUUGAGGGACUGGGCGGCGCGAAGUAUUUUUCCAAGUUGGAUUUGAAAUCAGGAUAUCAUCAAAUCUCGAUCCAGCCGAACGAUCGCUACAAGACCGCGUUCAAGACGCGGUACGGGCAUUUUGAGUGGGUGGUCAUGCCUUUUGGCCUCACCAACGCCCCGACGACCUUUCAGGCGGCCAUGACCAAUGAGUUUCGUGCAAUGUUGGACCGGUUUGUGCUGGUCUACUUAGACGAUAUUCUCGUCUAUAGCCGGUCAUUGGAGGAUCAUCUUGGGCAUCUUCGACAAGUGUUGGAGACGCUCCGCCUUGCCAAGUACAAGGCCAACCACGACAAGUGUGAAUUUGUCCGGCAAGAGCUGGAAUACUUGGGCCAUUUUGUCACACCGGAGGGCAUCGGUCCGCUAUCGGACAAGAUUCAGGCCGUCCAAGAGUGGUCGGAGCCUCGGAACGUCACGGAUGUCCGCUCGUUCCUCGGUCUUACYGGCUACUAUCAGCGCUUCAUCAAAGGUUACUCCAAGAUUGCGGCCCACUUGAACAAGCUUCAGUGCGAGGAUUGGCCGUUUGACUUUGGAGAGGAGGCGCGAGGAUCAUUCUUCGCUCUCAAAGCCGCGCUAUUGUCUGAAGAGGUCUUGGGGAUAUACGACCCGCUCGCGCCUACACGUGUCACUACGGAUGCGUCAGGCUAUGGCAUUGGUGCAGUCCUCGAGCAACAUGAUGGUGUGGACUGGCACCCGGUCGAGUACUUCAGCAAGAAAGUGUCCCUCGUGCAUUCCAUUGACGAUGCAAGCAAGAAGGAGCUCCUCGCCUUCGUCCACGCGCUCAAGCGGUGGCGGCACUUCCUCCUUGGUCGAAGCCAAUUUCGAUGGGUAACGUACAACAAUCCGUUGGUUUUCUACAAGACCCAAGACACCGUCAACAGCACCAUCGCUUGAUGGAUGGCUUUCAUCGACCAGUUCGACUUCUUUCCCGAUCACAUUCCUGGGAAGUCGAACCGUUUUGCGGAUGCUCUUUCACG